GUUGCGCGUGUGGCGCAUGCGCAGAUAACAAAAACAACAACAAAUAUGCUAAAAGCUUAAGCUAAAAAAUUAUUAUACAUAAGCGCUUAUUCAUUACCGGCGCAUAUCUUUGAUAUCUUUUGGAUUUAUUUUCUUCUCAUUCGCGCUCAUUCUAUGUGUUUGCGUGUGUGUGUGUGUGUUACGAACUCUCGUAGCGCCAGUAGAUAUAUAACAUUUACCUGACAUCAUCAGCAUCAACAACAUUAUAAUCGUUGUCGGCAUUUGCGGUUGACAUCUUUACGGGCUUCAUUCAGAGCAAAAAACAGCCCAAAACAAUCAACAAAUAAAACAACAAAAAAAAAAAUAAAAGUAAAACAAACAACAACAGCACACGGGGGCGCAGCAUCAACGGAUCGCGGCACAUUACGGAUUUAGCUACGGAUCGUGCUGGGAGCGUGGGGUGUGUGGAGAGAAUGCAAUUGCUGCCAUGUGCCCGCCAAUUGUCAAGCGGCUAAGACGCAUUGACAACGGCUAAGAGCGAGAGAGAGAGAGAGAGAGCAGCAAAGCGAAACGCAGUAAAACGCAUAAACGGAAUAAAUUAUAUAGAAAGGAAAUGAAGCAACUUUAUCUAAGCACACUGCUCUGCCUUUGGCUGAGCGCGCAGUGUGGGCGUGGCCAGCAGCUCUAUGGACUGCACAGCGAUGAGCUGCGAGCGGGCGAGGGUGAGCUGGUGGUGCCGCGACGUGUCUAUGCCAAUGGCGCAUUUAUGACGCAUCAACUCAACUAUGCGCAUGAGCAGGAUCAUCGCAGGCAGCGACGCAGCGUCGAGGGAGCAGAGCUGCAUUUACAGCUGCCGCUAAGCAAUGAAACGCUGCAUUUGGAGCUGACUGCUCAUAGUUACUUUUUGGCGCCGCAUUUGGUGGUGGAGCGACAUCGACGUGAGCUGCGCAGUCGUGCGACGCUGACGGCGCAGCAGCUGAAUUGUCAUUUUCAUGGCAAGGUGCGUGAUCAGCCAAUGGCUAAUGUGGCCAUAUCGACCUGCGCGGGUUUGGUGGGUCACAUAAAAACCGCCAGCAACGAGUAUUACAUAGAGCCAUCGAAGCAGCAUGGCCCACAUCCACACACUGGACAUCCCCACGUGGUGUUCCAGCGCAGCUCGGUGAAGAGCAAGAGCAAGAGCAAGAGCAAGCAUCAGCGUAGGCAUAAGCGCAAGCGCAAGGAGCCGCUGUCGGCAGCGCUGAGCAAUUGCGGGACGCGUGAGCCGCGACGUCGCAUGGAGACGCGUCUGGAGUGGCAGGCGCGUGGCAAGUUCAAGAUACAAGGCGGACGCAAAGUGCGGCGUCAUCAUCAUCAUCAUCAUCAGCAUCAGCGGCCGCAUAACGCAUACAAAUAUGAUACGAGCGCCAGAUCAGAGCAGCAGCAGCAGCUGCUGCGUCAUAGACGCUCCAUCAGCAGUCCGCGUCAUGUGGAGACGCUCAUUGUGGCAGAUGCUACCAUGUCGGCAUUUCACAAGGAUGUGGUCAGCUAUUUGCUCACCAUAAUGAACAUGGUCAGCGCCUUGUACAAGGAUCCAAGCAUUGGCAAUGCCAUUGAGAUUGUCGUCGUGCGCAUCAUUGAACUGCAGGAGAACAACACGGAGCCGGAGCUGAAUCUCACGCAGAAUGCGCAAAAGAAUUUGGAUCGCUUUUGCAGCUGGCAACACAAGCUGAACACACAGAACGAGAACGAUCCGCAUCAUCAUGACGUGGCCAUCUUGAUUACACGCAAAAAUAUUUGCGGCAACAAUUGCAUGACUUUGGGACUGGCCAAUGUGGGCGGCAUGUGCAAGCCGAAGCAAUCCUGCAGCGUCAACGAGGACAACGGCAUUAUGCUCUCCCACACCAUCACCCACGAACUGGGGCACAACUUUGGCAUGUUCCAUGACACAGCCAAGAUUGGCUGUCAUCCUCGCGUUGGUUCCAUUGUGCACAUCAUGACGCCGACCUUUGGAGCGGACACACUGCAAGUUUGCUGGUCAAACUGCAGUCGCAAGUACAUAACACACUUUCUGGAUCAGGGACUAGGCGAAUGCUUGAACGAUCCGCCAACGCCGCUGGACGAGUACAACUAUCCAGAGGCGCUGCCAGGGGAACGCUACAAUGCGAAGCGGCAGUGCCGCAUGCAAUUCAAUCUGACAACCGAUAGCGAUGUGGGCGCCUGCUCUGCCCCGCAUGAGUUCUGUUCGACGCUCUGGUGUCGCGUCAAUGGCGAAUGCGUCACCAAUAUGCGGCCCACGGCGCCGGGCACGGCGUGUGGCAAGAACAAAUGGUGCCAGAACGGCAAGUGUGUGCGCAUGGAGGAGCUGACGUCCAUACAUGGCGGCUGGGGCAACUGGAGCGAGUGGAGCGAUUGCUCGCGCAGCUGCGGCGGCGGCGUCUCCACCCAGCAGCGCGAAUGCGACUCUCCCGUCCCAGCCAACGGCGGCGUCUUUUGCAUCGGCGAACGCAAGCGAUACAAGAUCUGCCGCAAACGCGCCUGUCCCGAGCACGAGCCGAGCUUUCGGGCCCAGCAAUGUGCGCGCUACGAUAAUGUGAGCUAUCAAGGCGCCACCUACAAGUGGCUGCCGUUCUUCGAUAAAAACAAUCCCUGUCGUUUGUUCUGCAGCGAUGUGGACGACACUAUUAUUGCCAAUUGGGGCGAAACAGUGCUGGAUGGCACACCCUGUACACUGGGCACCAAUAAUAUGUGCAUCGAUGGCAUCUGCAAGAAAGUUGGUUGCGAUUGGAUCGUUGACUCGGACAUGCAGGACGAUCGUUGCGGUAUCUGUGGCGGUGCUGGUGAUCAAUGCAGGCCCAUAAAGGAGGUCUACAGUGAAGCCUUCAAUGUCAGCGAUGGCGUCUAUGUGCAGAUUGUUAGCAUUCCGGCACGUGCUCGCCAUAUUGUCAUCAAGGAGCUUGGCAAUUCACCACAUUUCUUGGCCAUUGCGGGAGCGACGCAGGCGCAGGGUGAAAAGUUCUAUUUGAAUGGCGAUAGCUUGAUCUCGAUGCCGGGCGAAUUCGAGAUUGCUGGCGCUGAGAGUUUGUACGAUCGCCAGGAUGAGCAGGAGACUAUCAAAAUACCUCAGCCAAUACAGCAUUCUAUAGCGUUAUAUGCCAUAGUACGCGGCAAUGAGAGCAACACGGGCAUUUACUACGAGUUCACAUUGCCCGCUUUUAACAACAGCGCUGGACGACAGCAUCAAUGGCGUCUCAGCAACUGGACCGCCUGCUCCGCCAGCUGCGGCGGCGGACUGCAACAUCGUGAGCCCAAUUGCCUGGAGAAUGGAAAAGUGCUGGGGGAUAAGCUGCCCUGCUGGACGCAUGCGAGGAACAAGCGACCUUUGCGCCAGACGCGCGUCUGUGCCGAGCAGCAGUGUCCGGCGCAUUGGUGGCCCGGACCCUGGCAGUUCUGUCCGCUUAGCUGUCGCCAGCCGGGCGCAGCGCUGCCGCAGCGACGUCGCUCUGUGGUCUGCUUGGAUCAGCAUGAUGUUGUUGUGGCAGAUGCACAAUGUGCGCUGCUGCCGCGUCCACACGAAUCGGAGCCCUGCGAGUCCACGUUGCCCGAGUGCCGCAGCAGAUUGUAGGGCGAAAGAGAAAGAAUUAAAACUAUUUAUUGCUUAAAGUUAAUUUUAAGUUGCCAGCAACAAUUUUUCCAAAAGCAAAUCACACCCACACACACACACAUAAAAUAUUUAUUUAUUUAAGCUAAGGCUGCAGGCAAACGCAAUAGAAAGGGCCGCAAAAAUUCGAUAAUUAUUUUUAUUUAUUUAAAAACACUUAAAAAAUAAAUAUUUUUAAAAUUCUUUUAAGCAGUUUAAAUCAUUUUUUUUAUGCCUGCCGCACAUUCGCCAGCUGUACUUAAUUUAUAUAAAUAUUAUACAAAAUAAAUAUCGAUAGUAUCGAUUAAUAAACAUCGUUCGAAACAACAACAACAGCAGCAGCAGCAGCAACAAAAUUCAAGUCUAGUACCUAAUUUCUAGUGUUUAGGCCAAUUUUUUGUUAAUAUAUAUGCUAGUAUUAUCAAUUAUCGUUUAACGUCUAUGUAUUUGUUUGUGUAGCGCAUAAUAAUAAACAUUUAUAUUUAAAUCAUA